CGGUCCUUAUCUUGAAUUCACGACUUGAUUACUGCACAAAAAUUAAUUCUCGACCGUCAUCUUCGUCGGUGUUAUAGUCCUUAUAAACAUCAUCGUCUUUGAUAUACUCUUCUUCUUCUUCAAGUUCUUCAAAUAAAUCCUCGACUGCGGUAAUUGUACGUUUUUCCAAGGUCACAGGUGAUGGUAUAAUUAUAUGUCUUGGCGGUGGCGAAGGUGUACGGAUAGACCUAUCGAUAUGAUCAGGCGAUUCGGUAGACGCUUUCAUUUCAUCAGGAUACUCGUCGCAUUCAUGGUACCCAGAAUCCCGCUUUAUGAGAGAUUUUUUAAAGUGUUCCAAAGUAGUCAUCUUAUUAGAGAUUUCCUGCAGCUGUUGGCUAGAUUCAUCGUGUAGCAUGGCAAGUAGUUGUGCGGUCUUGUUAUCCUGUUGAUCUGCUUUGUCUCGAAUGGCCAUUGAUAUGACAUCUUUCUCACGGAGAGUAUCUUGAUUUUUUAGCCAUGGCUUUUGAUCUGCAGUUGGUUUUCUUUCAAUGUAGCAAAUACUUUCGCCAGUAGUAGAAUUGAGAUUAUCAUCCGCCUUGUCUAGAUAUUUCUCAGAACUUGGCAUGAUACAUCGCAAUCUCUUAAAUGCUGGCACAUAAUCAUCGUUGUCUCUUUCUUUUCUCUUUUGACCAGCGUAAAUUAUUUCCGUGUC